CUACUGUUUUACGCUUCCUCUCUCUCCCUCUCCCCGUCUCCCGCUUUCCCAUUCCAUCUUCUCCAGCUGAUUGGUUGCUCGACCGUAACGCUCCUCUCUUUCGACGGCGCCGCUUUGGCCGUAGCCCUCGCCUACGCCGCCGUCUGCUCCGUCCUCAAGUCCACAUGCACCUCCUCCGCCCUCAGCAAGCCCCGCAAAGCGCCUUCCGUCAAAGUCUCCGUUCUCCGCUCAAUCCUUGCCGCGGGCAAUUCCUCCGAAGUUUGUUCACCAUCCGGAAUCACCGGUGACGGGAUUGACGCCGGCGAGGACUAUAUACUGGUGAGAGACCUUGCUGCUUUCUUUCUUGACCAAUCUCUGACGUUGAAGUGGCUGCCUCGAGCGUUUCACUUCUCAAGCCAAACACUCAAAGCAUUCCUCUGAUUGAAGACAAACAGUAAACUGAUUCUUUAUAACAAUACUUGCUGCAACAUUGUGUCACGGGGUAUUUGUCUUUCUAGCUCUGGAAUCAAAAACCCGAUUAUCCAAAUAGAGGACUUAAGGAAGGAGAAUUAUUGGAUAACAGUUUGGUUUUUUAGUUCUUUAGUUUUUUAGCUUAAGAGUCAUGGAAGAUACAUCAUUGCUGGAGUUGUGUGUAGAAGAAGAUGUUAUCCAUUUAUUAUGUAGUGCUUCGAACUCGCCCACCUUGGAAAAGUCCUUAGAGUCGCUUAUAGAAGUUUCUAGAACGGCAGAUGGUCGUGCAGACCUAGCUUCUAGGCGUAUUCUUCCCGUGAUCAUUCAGCUGGUUCGAUCCCUUCCUUAUCCUUUGGGUCAUCAAUUACUGCUUUUGUCAUUAAGGCUCCUAAGAAAUCUUUGUGCGGGUGAGGUUGCGAAUCAGAAUAUAUUUGUUGAACAAAACGGUGUUGGAGCUGUUUUGAAUGUUUUUAGGUCAGCAAGACUUUGUUCCGGGGCAGAUUAUGGUAUCAUCCGAAUUGGAUUGCAAGUACUUGCUAAUGUUUCCUUGGCUGGUGAAGAGCAUCAGCGUGAAAUGUGGCGUCAAUUUUUCCCGCAAGAGUUUCUUUCUCUUGCAAGACUCCGGAGUAGGGAGGCUUGUGAUCCAUUGUGCAUGGUCAUAUUUACUUGCUGUGAUGGAAAUCCUGGACUGCUUACUGAGAUCUGCAGUGGCUGUGGGCUGCCCAUUGCAAAGGAAAUUAUAAGAACUACUGCUGCAGUUGGAUUUGGAGAAGAUUGGUUGAAGUUGCUUCUUUCAAGAGUGUGCUUAGAACAACCUUACUUUGCUCCCCUUUUUUCUGAGUUGGGCGUUGCAAAAGCUGAAGCUGUUGAGGUUGGAGAUAUCGCGCUCUCAUCCUAACAAGCAUUUGUUUUGAGAAUGGUUUCAGAUAUAUUGAAUGAGCGAAUUGAAGAGAUCACGGUUCCAAAUGAGUUCGCUUCGUGCGUUCUUGGAAUAUUUAAGUCGUCUAUCGGGGUUAUUUGUUCAGACACAAAAACCAAAUCUGGACUUCCAACAGGCUCCACUGCCAUAGAUGUUCUUGGAUACUCACUAACAAUUCUAAGAGAUAUCUGUUCCCUAGAGGGUCCAAGAGGCUCUGAGGAGAAACCAGUGGAUGCUGUCAGUAUGCUACUAUCCUCAGGACUUGUUGAACUGCUUUUAAGUUUGCUCCGAGAGCUUGAGCCUCCGGCGAUAAUCAGAAAGGCCAUGAAACGGGGGGAAAACGAAGAGGGAAAUUCAUGCUUGGCAAAUCCCUGCCCUUACAAAGGAUUCAGAAGGGACAUUGUUGCCGUGAUUGGAAAUUGUUCAUAUGGUAGAAAGCAGGUACAAGAUGAGAUAAGACAGAAGAAUGGAAUUCUCUUGCUCUUACAGCAGUGUGUUACCGAUGAGGACAAUCCAUUCUUGAGGGAGUGGGGCAUUUGGUCUGUAAGGAAUUUGUUAGAAGGCAAUAAGGAGAACCAACGAGUUGUGGCUGAACUGGAGCUUCAAGGAUCUGUUAUUACUCCUGAGAUUUUUGAACUCGGUCUCAGAGUAGAGGUAGAUCCAAACUCUCGCAGCGCAAAACUUGUAAACAUCUCUGGAGCAAAAUAGAAUUCAGCAGAGAGGAAGCUCCUUGAUCCUGAAAGGAACAUAUAUAUGUGUAUGUAUAUAUAUAUAUUGAUCCUGAAGGGUUUUUAAGUUCAGGUGUCCAGUAAUUUUUAGUUUGGCUAUUUUUGUUGUCCAUGAAUGUUUCCCUUGGACUCCUGAAGACAUCUGUAAUGUUAGAGGCUGAUAAAAUUUUGUCUGAUCUCUGAACUUUGGCAGACCAGAGAAUAUUGUGGGUUCUGUCAUUCAUAUUUUCAUUUUCAGAACUAGGAUAACUUUAACCAUUUACUUACAAUUUUCAUAUAGAA